GCAUGCGCCGUUGUCGAGUAGCCGAGGGGCCGUCAGAGCGCAUGUGCGGUCCGAGCCCGCGGAAAUUUAAACCGUCUUCAGGAAGUAAAUUCAAAGAGCGGAACAACACGGCGAUAUCGGGGGCUGGGCGGGGAGUGUGACGGCAGUCGCUGCAAAUACAAGAGGAGGCAGGCCCAGAAGGAAUUAUAAUCUAUGAAUGUGAAUCAUGCCAGAGGAAGAAGGAAAUGUGACUGUAGUUGUCCGAAUAAGACCCCAGAAUCGUCGGGAGUUGGACAGUGAAAACCACAUAGUUGUGCACGUGGUGGAUGAAAAUGUCCUGGUCUUCGACCCAAAGGAAGAAAUUAAUGAUGAUGUGUUUUCGGAAGCUAAGUUCAGAGAUCGGGAUGUAACACGUCGAAAAAGGAAGGACCUGAAGUUCGUGUUUGACAGAGUUUUUAAUGAAAACUGUACACAGCAAGAAGUGUUUGAGUACACAACUAAACAUAUUUUGGAAGGAGUUUUGAAUGGAUACAAUUGUUCAGUCUUUGCUUACGGUGCAACAGGAUCUGGGAAGACGCACACAAUGUUGGGCAGUGUGGAUCAGCCUGGAGUGAUGUAUCUCACAAUGCUGGAACUCUAUGAGAGAAUCGAACAAAUGAAAGAUGAGAAAAUCUGUGAAGUUGCUGUCUCGUAUUUGGAGGUGUACAAUGAACAGAUUCAUGACCUGCUUGAACCUAAAGGCUCACUGGCUGUGAGAGAGGAUCCUCAGAAAGGAACGGUUGUUCAGAGGCUAAGUUUCCAUCAGCCCAAGACUGCUAAAGAGCUUUUGGAGAUGUUGGCAAAUGGAAACCAGAACCGGACCCAGCAUCCCACUGAUGCCAAUGCCACAUCGUCGCGGUCCCAUGCUGUCUUUCAGGUGUAUGUAAAACAACAAGACCGUAUUGCUAGCAUCAGCAAGAACUUGCGGGUGGCUAAGAUGUGCCUGAUUGACUUGGCUGGAUCAGAACGUGUCACUGCAACCAAGGCCCAAGGAGCACGGUUUAGGGAGGGAGCAAACAUAAAUCGCUCACUGCUUGCAUUAGGAAAUGUGAUUAAUGCACUGGCAGAUGGCAAGGGUAAAAAGUCUCACAUCCCUUACCGAGAUAGCAAGCUAACCCGCCUACUUAAGGACUCGUUGGGGGGGAACUGUCGUACGGUGAUGAUUGCCACUGUGAGCCCUUCAGCCAGUAGUUAUGAAGAUACAUAUAAUACCUUAAAGUAUGCAAAUCGUGCUAAGGAUAUCAAAUCCUCUCUGAAGAGUAAUAUUGUGAGCUUGGACUGUCAUAUAAGUAAAUAUGCAGCCAUAUGCGAGGAACUACGGAGAGAGGUCACACAACUGAAAGACAAGCUGAAGACUUAUGAAGAAGGGAAGUCUACCAUUACCAGGAAUGACCCAAGUACAGUCCAACCUGUGCUGUCCAGUCAACAACAGGGUUUGGAGAAGUCUUUGAGGAAUGCUCUUCUCAGUCGCCAAGUGAUUCAAACAGACUACUUGGAAUUGGAAGCUCAUGCUAAAGAAAUGGAACUGAAGGCUUUCUUUCGACUGCGGGACCAAGAACGUAUUAAAAUAUUGUGUACUGAGCAGCAGUUGGAACGGGCUUCCUGUAAAUUUGAACGCAGCCAGGCAUCUUCUGGUCGGCGCCAUGACCAUCUACUGGAGAAAAUGCAGCAAGUAGAAGAGAAACUCAAGGAGAAUGGGGAUCUCAUAUCCCAGUUGGGAACUAAAAUUGGUUCAGAUGGUAAAACCAUAUCAUUCCCUCAGAUCCUGAAACUGAGUAUGCAGAACCUUCUAUUAGAGGCUGAAGUGAGUAAUUGCAAGCAACAUAGCAAUUAUGUGACCCGCCUGGUGACAUUGCAAGACCGAGAUAGUCAACAGACGGAAAAGUUAGUGACCACCCUACUUCAGAUUGUACGGAAGCAGUUUAACACACUGAAAGAAGCUAGCCUUGCAACUGCAGACACGGUAUCACAGUUCAAUGAGCUGGAGCGUCUUGUGCGAGGAGAGAAAGCUGUCCUAUGGGCAGACCAAAUAAACACAGAAGAAUCUAAAGAGAAUCAGCAUUCAGAAUUAACAGGUCUUACUACAUUUUCUAAACUGCAUCUUCUACCUGAGAACCUAUUUGAAUUUACUGUGCCAAAAAAAGCUGCAGCUUCAAAUUCAACUGCACAAGCUCCAGCAGAGGCUGCUCCAAAGAGGCGGCUACCCACAAAACGGUGCCUGACAGAGCUCAGACCACCACCUAACCUUCAGCAGAAGGAGCAGUCAAUGCCAUUAAAGAGAAGGAGAACAGAAAUUGAGGUGCACACAGAUGUUCCUUCGAUAUCUGAGUUACGAAGGGAGAACAACUCAUCCCGAAUCGACCAAGUCAACGUUGUGCCAAAAACCUACACGAAGGAGACUCAGCCAUUUUCAAAUCGGAGCAAUACUCUUGGUAACAAAGGAACUAAAUUUGUAACUUCAGCUGAAAGCAUCAAAAGAAGCUUCACACCAACUAUCUCAAGGAAGUGGAAAGCUCCAGCCAGCACCACUCCCAUCAGCUGUAACCUCUCAACAACGUCAAGUAAUCACGAUCUGAAUGAAACCUUUGAAACUGCAGAAGUGAAUGAUCAGACUGGCCUAGAUACUACAGUAAUUCUUGGCCCUUCAGCUGCUCAAAGGUCUGAAGUUACCAUGAGCCAUGACAUAAUGCCACAGACCAACAACUCCUUUCUGCAGAGAUUGGGCCUGCCGAGACUUGCAGUUAAAAGUCAGCCCGGAACACUGUUCAUUGCGAGAAACCCAUCCGUGGCUGUCAGCAGAUCUGCCACCAAGGCAAACGUCAGAGCAACAGGGCAACGGAAGAAAAGAUACUCGAGUGGCAUCUCAUCCCGUAUGAGUGGCCGGCAACUCCAGAACAAAUCCAGGAGGUCUCCAGCCUGCAAGAGUCAACUUAUGUCAGCACCAUACUCCAGCCCAAGGUUUCGUUCGGUGGGCAAGAGAAAUGGAAUCAGCGGAAACUUGCCUGUCACCCAGAGCUCUGAAUUCCUGUCACAUUCCAGUUUGAAGAAUUCAAGUAAAACACUUGCUUUCUGACCAGAGGAUGUUCGAGAACAUGAUACGGGAACUGCAUUUGUUUGCUCUCACUUGGAUUGUCUACAUUUGAAAUUAGAACUGUGUUGACAACAUUGAUUAUUGAGCAGCCUGAUGUUGUUUCCAAGCAAACCUGAGGCUGAACGUACAGUAUUUUGAACACUUAACCUUUUAGUAUUUUUGCAUUCAUUCUUUUCAUUCCGUCAUAAUUUACUGUACUUCCCGUUGGGGCAAUGGUGCUUUGGUUCACGGAUAGCCCUUUCAAUAUUCUCCACUUCACUCUGUGCCUGGUCAACAGGAAACAUGAUUGUUUUAGAGUAUUAUUAUUCUCCCUAAUGGGAUUGAGUUCUGCAAUCUCAUCCUGUGACAGUGCUGAGUUCUGUGACUUCUUCCCAAUUAAUGCAGAAAAGCAAUGUGUUAACUUCUGACAGUUGUGCGUUUGUACAAUUACCUUACAUUUCUAUUCCUAAUUAUAUCACCACCUGCUUUGCUGUGAAUCUGUUCUCUAUUAGUUUAAAUAGAAUAUGAUUUUUUAAAUGAUUGGAGGUUUGGGGUGUGCUCUUUAUAUCUGCUUGAUUUUGGUUGUUGUAAAGACACAAUCUGCUGACAUGCAUGUGGAAAAUUGUUAAAUGGCUGAGAAGUUAAACUCUUUACAACAUGAUAAAGGCAUCAUUAAACUUAUUUGUUGCCUGUUAAGAGAUGGCAGGAGUUCUAAUGGUGCCAUUCAGAUGAAGACCACUGGGCCCAAAAGGAGGUCGCAUUCCCCAAUUCUGCGAACCUAAUGAGCAUUGAAUUCCAAGUUCCUGUUUAUAGGUUGUGUUUCUCUGGAGUGCAUCGUCCAUACUGCUAUGGUAAACAAGUUUUGCUUUUUAACUUUGCCAUUACUAACAUUUUUGAGCAGAACAUAUUGCCUUUCUAUUGGAAGUUUGUGGUGCAGUGCACCUUUAACAGAAGUGAACGUAAAGUCCUGUUUUGUCAGUUUUGGUUCGACUGCCUUUGUCAAGAUGCUUUGAUCUUGUGCUGUGCAAUUAUCCUCCUCUAUGACACUUUUUCUGAGUGCAGAAUGCAGCAAUAUCUAGCAUGAGGAGAACAACGUUCCUUUUAUGUCACUGAGCCACACCUUUCUUCGUGCAUGGUUGGAAAUGGAAGUAACCCUUCCACUUUUUAAGAACAUUGUGUUCAAAUUGAUUGCACAAGCCACAACAAUCUUUUGUUUCACAAAUUGAUGGCUCUGAAGGCACAGUUAGUGGGAACAACAUUAAUUCUUCAUGCAGGCAAAGGAAGGUUCCUUCAGACAAAAGUAAGUUAAGUCAGUAUUCUAACUAAUGUCCAACAAAAGGGCAAAGUCGGUGCACUGCCUUGGAAGAGAGUAUAAGUGAAUGCUUGGGAUCAAGGCAACCAUGCAACCAACUGCUAGCUGAGGCCCUUCCCCAUCUGUGACAUGUCGCAGAUGGUGCAAAGGGAAGAGAUUUAUUAGUUUUAUGAUUUCUGGGGCAGUCUGUCAGAGUGAAACCUAAUUCAAACUGUCUCAGGAUUACUGAAUGUGAUUACAGGAGGAUGUAAUAUUUUGAGGGUAAAGACUGGCAAACGUCUUUGUUUUGUCACUGGUCUCUUUCACAAUUCUUCAAUCUCCAUUUCCAACAUUUCUACAUGUAAAAAAAAAUCAUUUAAACAUAAAAGCUCUUUGUUCCUUUAGAAACAUUGAAUUAAAACUCAACUAAAGAUAUAAUUUAACCUGCCUCUUUUAUCUGAGACCUGUUUCUCAGAGCAAUGUUAUUGGUCCUUAGACUUUAUAAUAUUCUAAGUCAGAUCAGAAUGAACACAGGACAGGAAAUGGCAGUAUUGCACUGGUGCUCUGUUGUUGGUUUACAAUAAGUUACGUGCUGUCCUACCAGUGGAUUGCUAGUCUCAGUUACAAUCCCCAGACCUGUAAAAUACAAGAUAAUGAUUGGAGUAAUCAGAUCGCAAUGAUUCUGUUGUGCUUCAGUGAUUGUAUUCCUGGAAUUGCAGUAACACUUUGGAAGUUGAAUUACUGUUCAGAAAUGUGACUUUAUGAAAGAGCUAAAUGUAUUGCACUUCAUUUAGGUUUGUAAAUUGUUGUUUUGCAAAGCAGUGUUGGCUACUGAACCUUGAAAGGGAGAUUUCUAAUAUUUUGGAGCAGAUAUUUUCGCCUGUUGCAAUCUGAAACAAGAUUAAUCAAACUAGAUAAGUCUCCAGGGAAUGGUCACAGGUAAAGAUUUUCUCAUUGCAGAAACCCUCAUGGAUUACGCCUAGACCAUUAAAUGCCAGCGAUAUGUGCAACAGUUUGCAUAGAGCAGGUUUGCAGUGAUUCCUAGAUCUUUCUUUCCAUCCCAUAAACUAUUUCCUGAACUCUUAAAAUUAAUUUGAGGUAAAAUGUUAAACUCUUAGUCAAACAAAAAUAUUUUAAAAACACAAUGAUCAUUUGCAAGUUACUGCUAUUUAAAGGAUUCUUCUGAGGAGAAAUGUAAAAAAAUUGUAUGUUAAAUCAAACUCAAUUCACAUUUGCAGCACUGUUUUUAUUGAGAAAUAUCGUAUUUUGAACUUCUACGUUACUCGAGAUAUUCAUCUCAUAAACUGAAAUACUCAGCAUCUCAGUAGCUUUGCAAUUUGUAGUUGUGGUAUUGCAUCCAGCAAGUGCUGUUGCCAUUGCAAAUCUUUAGCACUUGUUUUUGCACUUAUUUUCCUGUCUGUGUUUGGCUAUUUGUUUUCAGCUGAUGUUGGGCGGCCAAGCAAGAUGGGCAACAGAAUUGCCACCAGCACUCCCUAGAGUUACCCCUGUCUGAAACAAAUAAAAGGUGUAUUGUAAAUCGGCCAAGGAGUUCAGAGUGAGGCAACAGCAGUAACUGCUUUAUGGCUUCAUUGCUGAGUGGAAGUGGCUGUCUGAACACAGGCUAAUUGUAUGUAUAUAGCUCAAAGAACGUGGUAGUCUUGUUAUGAGCUUCCAUUAAUCUCAGCUUUGUACAUCGCUUCAUUUUUUAACUCUGUAUGUUGGGGGCAAAUCUGUUGUCCCUUAUUAUGUUUGAAAUAUAAAAGUAAUGAUUUUAUUCGUGUUCAGAGAGCAGCCAUAAAAUGCAAACCUAAAGCUUGCCUCUCGCAGUCAGAUAAUGCAGAAUCUAUUCCACUAAUAAUCAUUUCAGAUAAGGACUAAACUGUAUGAGUAAAAUAUCAUGCAGCUUAUACAAAGCAAUACUGGUUUCCUUUAUCCCGCUGCUGCACAUUAUGCUCUUGUACAGAGCUCUCAAAUCAUGACUCAAAUACACUGGAAUUUAAAGAGCUACCCAACCCAAAUCUGUGGAAUGGCACUGUCCUGACUAGAAGCUAUCCGAGGUUUUGUGGUUUACCACCUGGAGUAGAUGCAGCGAUCCAGAGCCCAGUUCGCAUCACUAAGUCAUGGUGCUUCUCAGAACCAACUUGAUGCCCAACAGAUGGGUUCUGUGGAGACUUGACUGUGUCCGUAAGGCACUUCAAGUUCUUCUCAAGUGUGAAGCAUCUCCUGCCUGAUGUCUGAUUCAACAGCCAUGGUGGUUGACUGCAGGGACACCGGAUUCUUCAAAUUUCAGAGAAAGCCAGAAGGUUAGAAAUUUUUUCUGAUACAUGUUAGCUAGAAUACAAGAUCCUGUUGCUUAAAAGACUUGGUUGCAUCAAGCAAAUAUAGCUUUUGCCGAUCGUGCGUCCAACGUCACCCUAACUUGUAUAAACAGGCCUAAUGUAGUGCAAAGGGUCUUGCAAUUUCUUGGAAUUGAAUUUCUAAACUGCAUUGUAAAUGGGUCAUGAUCUUAUCACGUACUCUGAAUGUGACAAACCUAGGCAACGUUAAGUUGGAUUUAGUGGCUGCUUCUCUUUCUUGUCUCAUCAAAUGUUAUACUUAAUUAUUAAAUUGUUUACUAAUGA